CUGGGGUCUGCCUCCCCGUGUGUGUGGAGGUGCCCUCGGAGACGGAGGCGGUCCAGGGCGAGCCCAUGAAGCUGCGCUGCAUCUCCUGCAUGAAGAGGGAGGAGGUGGAGGCCACCACGGUGGUCGAGUGGUUCUACAGGCCGGAGGGCGGUAAAGACUUCCUUAUCUUUGAGUAUCGGAAUGGCCACCAGGAGGUGGAGAGCCCCUUCCAGGGGCGGCUGCAGUGGAACGGGAGCAAGGACCUGCAGGACGUGUCCAUCACCGUGCUCAACGUCACCCUCAACGACUCGGGGCUCUACACCUGCAACGUGUCCCGCGAGUUCGAGUUUGAGGCGCAUCGGCCCUUUGUGAAGACCACGCGGCUGAUUCCCCUCCGGGUCACGGAGGAAGCUGGGGAGGACUUCACCUCUGUGGUCUCGGAGAUCAUGAUGUACAUCCUGCUGGUCUUCCUCACCUUGUGGCUGCUCAUUGAGAUGAUAUACUGCUACAGAAAGGUCUCGAAGGCCGAGGAGGCAGCCCAAGAGAACGCGUCUGACUACCUUGCCAUCCCGUCGGAGCACAAGGAGAACGCCGCGGUCCCCGUGGAGGAAUAGCGCCAGGGCCUCGCGGUGGCUCCAGGUGACUAGGACAUGGCGGGGAGGGGACUGCGGGGUCUCUGCUGCCUGGGGCACCCGCAGCCCCAGUGACUUCACGUCUGGCUCCUUAGGCCAGGUCCUCCCCACCCUUGAGGUUCUUUGGUCGAUGCUCAGGUGUCCAGUCCUUCAGGGGUGACCUUCAGGGGUGACCUGAGCCGUGGGGAAACCUCAUGCCCACCCCUCCCCCGCCUCCCCAGCAUCCGAUCCUCGCCUGCUCCCUCUCUGAGCACAGCAUGUUUGGAUUCCACCGGGGCCGGAAGUUCUCAGUGAGUUGUUUUGUCGUUGGUAGGUGACCUCCGCACCCGGGUUCAAGAGGUGGAGGGCAGCAGGAGGCGCAGCCCAGCCCGCCCUCGCUGCAGCCGCACCCCUCCCUGCCCACGCGGCGUGCACCCACCGCAUCUGACCGUUCACUCCU